UGUCUCACCACUCUUAUAUAUUACUGUAUGUAAUAUUAAUUAUCUCUUCAACCACUAGAACUAUAUACCCAGAAUCAAAUAUCCUAAUUGGAGAAGAACCAUGGGUUUAAGGCCUUCUUCUCCUCCUCCUUCUUCUUCUUCUUCUAGGGCUGGUCUUUUGAUCAUUUGGUGGUGCUGUUUGAUUCAGUACUCAGACAUGGCUUUGGGUUCAAAGACAAGGCAUUUCAAAUGGGAAGUGGAGUAUAUGUACUGGUCACCGGACUGCAACGAGCACAUGGUGAUGGGGAUCAACGGCCAGUUUCCGGGCCCCACCAUCCGCGCUCGCGCAGGAGAUACCGUCCAUGUUGAACUCACCAACAAGCUCCCCACCGAAGGAGUUGUCAUUCAUUGGCACGGAAUCAGACAGCAAGGGACACCAUGGGCUGAUGGAACUGCAUCCAUCUCACAGUGUGUUAUUAACCCUGGAGAAACCUUCCUCUAUAGAUUUAAAGUUGACAAGGCGGGAACAUAUUUUUACCAUGGACACUACGGGAUGCAAAGAUCAGCAGGGUUAUAUGGGUCCCUUAUAGUAGACGUGGCAGAAGGAGAGAAGGAGCCAUUCCAUUAUGAUGGAGAGUUCAACCUAUUACUGAGUGACUGGUGGCACCAAAGUGCUCAUGAACAAGAGCUUGGCCUCUCCUCCAAACCAAUGCGUUGGCCCGGUGAACCACAGAGUUUGCUGAUGAAUGGUAGAGGUCAGUACAAUUGUUCCCUAGCGGCGCAUUUUACCAAUACUUCGUCCACCCAAUGCAAGUUUAACGGAACAGAACAAUGCGCACCUGAGAUCCUCCGCGUUAUGCCGAAAAAGACGUACAGGCUAAGGUUGGCUAGUACUACCGCUCUCGCUUCGCUCAACUUGGCAAUUGGGAAUCACAAGAUGGUGGUGGUUGAAGCUGACGGAAACUACGUCCAGCCGUUUGCGGUGGAAGACAUGGACAUUUACUCCGGCGAAAGCUAUUCAGUUUUACUCACUACUGACCAAGACCCUUCACAAAACUACUGGGUUUCAAUCAGUGUAAGAGGGAGGAAACCCCAGACCCCUCAAGGCCUCACCAUACUACACUACCUCCACCACCCCAAAACCUCCCUUAUUCCAACAAGGCCGCCGCCAGUCGCCCCUCUCUGGAACAACUACACCCAUAGCAAACUAUUCACCACCAAAAUCCUAGCCCUCAUGGGCACCCCUCAGCCACCCACCACCACUCACCGCCGUAUCGCCCUCCUCAACACCCAAAACUACAUUGACGGGUACACCAAGUGGGCCAUCAACAACCUCUCCUUGGUCCUACCAUCCACUCCAUACUUGGGUGCCCUUAAAUACAGCAUAAACAAUGCCUUUGAUGGGGAGAAACCACCGGAAAACUUCCCAAUGGAUUAUGACGUGAUGAAUCCAGCGACGAAUCAGAACUCGAGUUAUGGAAGCGGGGUCUACAUGCUAGAUUUCAAUACCACUGUGGAUGUGAUACUUCAAAAUGCUAACGCUUUGGCGGAAAAAACUAGCGAGAUCCACCCGUGGCACCUCCAUGGGCAUGAUUUCUGGGUGUUGGGAUAUGGAGAAGGGAGGUUUUCCAAUCAGAAGGAAAAUAACUUCAACUUGAGAAACCCACCGUUCCGGAACACUGCAGUGAUAUUCCCUUAUGGGUGGACGGCGUUGAGGUUUGUGGCUGAUAAUCCGGGAGCGUGGGCAUUUCACUGUCAUAUCGAGCCUCAUUUGCAUAUGGGUAUGGGGGUAGUUUUUGCUGAAGGAGUCCACCUUGUUGGAAAGGUACCACAUGACGCUCUCACUUGUGGUUUGACAGGGAAGAUGUUCAUGGGUGGCAACGGCAAACCAUGAUUCAUGUCCACGAUUGAUGCAUGAGACUAUCUAAAUCCAUCUAUAACUAGUUCUAAAAUUCUAUCUUAUACCUAUUGGCAGCUAUGUACCUCAUUGGCAUCAUCUUAAGUGAACUACACACAUCUAUAUCUACAUAGAGAUUUGUGUGCCAUGGGGACUAAAGUAGAGAGUGCUGUAUAAAUACUGGAGUAAUUCUAGUGAGACAAUAUAUCUCCCUUAUUUA